AUGCCUAACCGUGUAUCCAAGAAUUCCUCGCGUAAAGAUCGUGAAAUCCAGACGCUCGCGUUAUCUGUUGAAUUUUCUAACGAAGAGGCUGACAUGCCUUAUACCCGUUGUUUCCGAAAUGGCAAGAAGUGCCUGAUGUCUGCGGACUCCGCUCGUUGUAGCGAGUGCAUUCGUUCGAAGAAGUCUUGCGAUAGUACUCGAGUUGCUUCAUCCCUGAUGACUUUGAUGAGACAAGAAAAGAAACUGGAAAAUGAUGAAGAUGAGGCUAGCGAAGAUUUACUCAGGCUCCAUGAGGAGAUGGCGGCCCUUCAAUCCCGUUUAUCUAUUGCUGCUGGCCGUUUGUCGCGGAUCCGAAAGAUUCGUAAUCGUGUGAAGGAGAAACGUUCUGAGGCGACCCGUCGUGGUCUCCAAGAGGUGGAUGAGGCUGAUAAAAUAUUGUCUGGUCUGGAUGCUCAUGAGAGUGCCGUGAUCCAGGAUCUUCAAGUAGAUCAUGUUCCUAACGAUGUGGAUUGGUCUUCGUUGGGUUUGGGUGAUAAUUUUCUCGAUGCCUCCCCUUUAUUUGGUCUUUCUGGUGGAAGUUCUUCAGGAGUCGCUGGGCAUUGA